AAAAAAAAAAAAUGUCUCAUUUUUCUUUAUACAUAUAAAUGACAAUCGAAAAUCAUUUAUUUAUUCAUAUUUAUUCAUUCAAUUUUUUUUUUCUUAUUUAUUAAAUAACUCGUCAGUUACAUUCUAAUAAAGCAUAAAUAAUUAGACACACAUACAUAUAGAUGACAGUACAUCAUAGCGCCAGUCUCGGCUCUGAUGCCCCUACUGGAUGUUCAAACGUUUCAGUACCUCCCUAUAGUAGUAAUGGUGAAAUAAACAAGGAAAACUCUAUUACUUCUAUUGAAGCAGGCUUAAAUGCAUCAGAUAGUCAGUCUAUUGGAUCAGAUGAAGGACCCGCUGUUGUGCCUCAUAUGGGUCUUAUCAGUAGUUGUAAUAUGAUUGUAGGUCUUAUUAUUGGUAGUGGUAUUUUUGCUACUCCUGGCCCUGUUACCUUAAAGGUUCAAGCUGUUGGCCCUUCUUUGAUUGUUUGGACGAUUGGUGGUCUAUUGAGUAUGAUAGGUGCUCUUUGCUAUGCAGAAUUAGGUACGAUGAUUACAAAAUCAGGUGGCGAAUAUCAAUACUUGAAAUCAGCUUAUGGCCUUUGUCUUGGUUUAACUUUUAGCUGGUCUAAUCUUUUAUUAUCUAAUCCUAUCGGUACUGCCUCUAUUGCUACUGUGUUUGCUCAAUACAUUAUGGAAAUGGCCUAUUUCGACCCUUCAAAUACAGAGGGUAUAAGUACAGAUAUGCCUGAUUAUGCAGUUAAACUUGUUGCUAUUGCCUGUAUUUGGGUAGUUGUACUUUUCAAUGCAUUCGGUAGAAAAGCAGGUGCAAUGGUAGCUAAUGUCUUUACAGCAGCUAAAUUAUUAGCUCUUGCUAUGAUUAUUAUCAUUGGUUGGAUUUGGCUUGGCAGAGGACAUACUGAAAACUUCAAGAAUGCAUUCCAUAAUAGUUCUACAAAUGCACUUGAUUAUGGUACCGCUAUGUACAUGGCUUUAUUCGCUUACAACGGUUGGAAUAAUUUAAAUUACGGUGUCGCUGAAGUAAAGAACCCUCAACGUAAUUUACCCUUGGCUAUUACUAUUUCUUGUAUCCUAGUAACAUUAGUAUAUGUCUUGGGUAAUAUCGCUUAUUUUGCUACCCUUCCUAUCUCCACUGUCGCUAAUUCUUCCACUGUUGCUAUGCAGGUUGGUAUGGUUGCAUGGGGUAAAGGCGGCGCUUAUUUCUUUGCCCUGAUGGUCGUCUUAUCGACCUUUGGUGCUGUCAAUGGUAACAUCUGGGCCGCCUCUCGUGUUGUUUUAACGGCUGCUAAUGAAGAUGGUGUUUAUAUGCCAUCCUUUUUCGGUAAAUUAAAUGAAAAGCGUCAAUCACCUAUCUGGGCCCUUAUACUUGUGGGUAUCAUUGCAACUAUCUGGUGUAUUCCCGGUAACUUUACUUAUCUUGCCAAAAUGUACAGUUUCAUCUACUGGUUGUUCUAUGGUAUCGCUGUCUUUGGUUUGAUUAUUAUGCGUUUUAAAAAGUCAACCAAGAAUUUACACAGACCCUUCAAGAUCUGGCUCCCCUUUGCUAUCUUCUUUUGUAUUAUUGAUAUUUAUUUGGUCAUUGCCCCCUUAGUUGAUGCUGGUUCUGCAGGUGUCUACCAAUAUAUUAUUUGUAUCGUUAUUGGUCUUUUGGCUAUCCCUAUUUGGUUUGUUCGUGUGAAAAAACCACAUAUCGGUCGUAUGUUAUUUGGUUGGAUUCCUAAUUAUCAAGAGGCCUAUAUCGUUCAGGAUAAAAGAAGGAGAAAUCUUCGUAAGGCUCGUUUGGAGGCUGCUGCUGCUGUUGGUGCCGCCAUUCCAGAAUCUACUUUGGUUGGAAAUGAUAAUUCUAAAGCAUAAACAACACCCCCCCUCUCCCUUUCCCUCUCCCUUCCCCUCUUUUUAUAUAUUUAUAUACAUAUUUAGAGUCAUUUUUUUUUAUCUCAAAUGUCCUUCGCUUAAAUACCCACGAGUGAUAUUCGCUUUAUUUACUAUAUAUACAUAUAUAUAUAUAUUUUCUAUCAUCAUUUCUCAUUUUGUAGCUUUUAUCAUUC